AUGGAUAAUUUUAUAGUGACAAAUCUCACGGGUGUUUGCACUGCUCAACCAGUUGUAUUAAUUGCUAUAGCAGGAAUACCGGUAGACGCCCUUUCAAAAACGGCCACAGCUACGAUCUGUGGACAGGUAUGCACGCAGGUCUCUGCAAUUUUCGUACUACUGCAGUAUGAUAUGCGGAGAAUCUUAGGGCGCACCAACGGCGAUGGAUCCCAAAAAGUCCGAAAAUGA